GUCAUUUCUUUUAUUUUUAAUAGGGGUGCCCCGUGCCCACACCAGGCACCUGCUGUCCACCCUCCAGGGCAGGGAACCAUACCCCUGGGGUCUCCACUUCCUCCUGCCGUGGUUUCAGCCUAGCUCCUCCCUGCAUCUUCUGCUUUAUCCCAUGAAGCUGGCAGGGCUCCUGGGCCCCUGCCCACCCUGCCCCCAUCCCCACCCCUGGAAACCCCAGGACAGGAUGUACAACUCUGGUGACUCCAGAGGGAGCAGCAUUUGACAGGAGGACUUGGGCUGGUGCCCUGCCCCACCCAUAAAGUGUCCUUGAGGUUCCAGGUGAGUCCUUAGAAGGCAGACUUCACGCUGCCUCCCAGCCUUCCCCCACAGCCUGCCCCUGGGCCCAGUCCCUAGCAUGUGCUGUGCCCCACCAAUCACCCACCAUCAGGAUGGGACCGGGCCUAUGUGGGGGGCCACUGUGUGUAUGCACUGAGGUCACUCUGCUGAGCCAGAGACGGCCUGAGACCGGGGUGAGGAGCAAAGGUGCAUUCCUUGUGUCGCAUCCACGAGUUGGGUGGGUGCAGCUGCUCAGGCCUCAGCAGGGCCGGGUGUGGCGGACGACGCCGAGGAGCGGGUGGGGGGGCGGGGUGGCGUCUCGUCAGCGUCGCUGCUGGCGCGGAGCCAUGAGGAGCCCGGGAGCUCCGGGACAGGUGGCUGGCAGUGCCGGGCGCUGGCUUUGUGCCCAGCCCCCGCCCUAGGCGCGGGACGAGCCAUGGGACAGGAACUGCCGGCGCGAGCCCGAGGCGGAGAGUCAAUAUCUGUGCGGGCGCCGCAGGGACGGACGGGCUCCGGGGACGCACGGACAGCAGGCCUCCCCUCGCAGGUCCCACUCCUGCCCCCAUGCGGAACCCCUCUUUUCUCUCGUGGCCGCCGCCACCACUGUUGCUGCUGCUACUGUCUCCGUGGCCAGUCUGGGCCCAGGCGUCGGCUGCGGCCGCCCCCUCGGGAGCCCGGGGAGACUUGGCCUGCCCCGAGGCGUGCGCGUGCGCGCCAGGCGGUCAGGCCAACUGCUCCCGGCGCGAGCUGCCCGCCGUACCAGGGGGCCUGAACUGGAGCGUGCUCGCGCUGCUGCUGGACCACAACCGCGUGCGCGCGUUGCCGCCCGGUGCCUUCGUGGGCGCUGGGGCACUGCUACGCCUGGACCUGCGCGAGAAUGGGCUGCGCUGGAUGCACGCGCGGGCCUUCUGGGGCCUGGGCGCGCUGCAGCACCUCGACCUCAGCGCCAACCAGCUGGAAGCGCUAGCCCCCGGUACCUUCGCGCGGCUGCGCGCUCUGCGCGCCCUCUCGCUGGCCGGCAAUCGGCUAGCGCGCCUGGAACCUGCGGCCCUGGGCGCACUCCCGCUGCUGCACGAGCUCAGCCUGCAAGAUAACCAGCUGUCUGCGCUCCCUCCCGGCCUGCUGACCUGCCUGCCCGCUCUCAAUGCGCUGCGCCUCCGUGGCAACCCCUGGGCCUGCGGCUGCGCUCUGCGCCCGCUCUGCAUCUGGCUGCGCAGGCACCCACGGCCCGCGCCAGAGACCGAGACGCUGCUCUGCGUGUCGCCGGGGAACCUGGUGCUCAGUCCCUUGACCGCCUUCCCCGACGCCGCCUUCAACCACUGCGCGCAGUCACUCGCCCCGCGGGACCUGGCCGUGGUCUACGCACUCGGGCCCGUGUCCUUCCUUGCCAGCCUGGCCGCCUGCCUGGCGCUGGGCACCAUGAUCACCGCCUGCCGCACGCGCCGCCGCCGCCUCGCCGCCGCCCGCCGCCCACCGAGGAGACCGCCGGAUCCCGGGCCCUGCUCGGCCUCGCUCGCAGACACUGGGAGCCCCGCCGCCGCCGCCCAAGCCUGAGCGGGCUGCGGCUGCCCUCGAAUCUUCCCUGUAUGC